AUGGAUCUUUUUUAUUAUUUUACAUGAAUGUCAAAGAUGAAGGGUUGUAGUUUAGUAUAUGUUAGCUGUGAUUGAGUUUUCUCUCUGACUCUCUGUAGAUCUGCUGUGUUUAUUAUUAUGGUCUAUUCAGACAAAGAACAAUCCAGUAUUAUGAGUUUAUACCGUGGUAUCCGUGUCUGGCACCCUGGCUGUGGCAUAUUUCACAUCCGCACCCGUCAGCUGUCUUGACAUCUUUUUGUUUUCAUAUGCAAAACUGAGUCUCUCAGACAAUUCAGUCUAGACCCGUGGGCCGCUCCGCUCCUCCCCCUGUUACCCAUCUGCCCACUUUUUCAUUUGGGGUCUGUGGGUGUGGGUCAGCUCAGCUGUGGGAAUUUGGUCUUCUUGUGUUAGUUUGACUCUGGACGUGAGAGGAUCGAGUCGAGGGCUGAAUUUGGCAACAUGCAGCUUCAUGCAGGCGACGGCUCGCAGCCGUGUGCGCAGACGCUGUGCAGAUCUCAGCUGGAGUUUGUUCAGAUUCUGGUGAUUGUUGUGGUGAUGAUGAUGAUGGUGGUGGUCAUCACAUGUCUGUUAAAUCACUACAGACUCUCAACACAAUCUCUUAUCUCCCGUCACGGACGAGCGAGACAACGUCACCUACCCCUAACAUCGGACGUCAGUUUGUGGUCAUCUGAUGGUACAGGAUCUUCUGGUGAGCAGGUGUAUACACCUCGACCCCCCGACCGCGCCCCUCCUUACCUCCAGCGUCAACGUCUGCCCCGCUUUCAGCCCACUUACCCUUACCUGCCCCACUCCAUCAUCGAUCUUCCCCCGACCAUCUCGCUGUCAGAUGGAGAAGAGCCGCCGCCCUACCAGGGUCAAUGCACGCUUCAGCUCAGAGACCCGGAGCAGCAGCUGGAGCUCAACAGGGAGUCGGUCCGAGCUCCUCCCAAUCGCACCGUAUUUGACAGUCCGCUUACAAACUCUUCUCUGCGCCCACCGAGCGUCAACGCGGGCAUCAGCGCUGGCAGAAUGGAGGGCGCACCGCCCGCUUACAGUGAAGUAAUAGGGCACUACUAUCACCCGACAUCAUUACCGCAGACCGCCGGACCCGGUGCAGGAGUGGUUCGGGGUGUACUGCAGCUGACCCCGCCCCGAAUCAUCCGCACAGACAGCAAAAACACCCGCGACAAAGAAAAACACAAAGCACAGCAGGUCUGAUAUCAGCGUUGAGAGAAGUGACGUCCGUCAGUAUGAAGCUCUGGUGUUUGUGGAGGAAAAGCAUGAAAGACUUAAAAUGGCUGCUCGUUCUCUUCCAAAUCUUGCCCACUUUUUCCUUUUCAACUAAAACCUUGCUGAUGAAAGUUAAAGGUUAAACAUUUACUCUAAAUAUUUCCAUGUUAUUCAUCGUCAGUGCCGUUUUAUUUUUCAUCCUGAGUGACUGUGGAGAGUUUGGAUAUCUUCCUUUAGAUGUUUUCAUGUCAUCCACGGUGUGCUGUAUGUACAGACUGCAUGUGCUUAUUUAAACUGUGCUGUAUGUGUUUAUGUGUGUGUGUUUGUCACACGCUGGUCUAUGCAUUAAUGUAUGUGCGUGUAUAUAGGCUACUAUAUAAAUAUAUACAGUAUAUACAUGUAUAUCAAAGGCAGAAAAGACAAACGUAAAAAGCACCAUUUCAGAGUUAUUUAUAUAAAUGUCUAAAAUUGCACUAUUUUAAUAUAAGAAUCUGAGGCUUUGAGCAGUCCACAAAUCACAAGACAGAAAGACAUUGGACUGAAGUGUGUGUGUGUGUGUGUGUGUGUGCGUGUGCGUGUGUGCGUGCGUGUGUGCGUGCGUGCGUGCGUGUGUGUGUGUGUGCGUGUGCACGUUGACCAGUUGCCCUUAACCACACAAAGCCGUCGAUGAAGACGGAUCUAUUAAACCUGUGCUUCACGGCUCGACAGAACAAGUCUUAAAUCAGCUGAGAGUUCUAGAGAUCAAAACUAAAGUCAUCUAAACUAGUCAAACAACUAGUCAAAGAGGCUUUAAGAAAAGUUCUAGUUUAGUAGAAGUAGUUUAGUUUAGUUUUUUAAUCCGAGCUCUUUUCCAUUCUGCCUUAGGUUUUCUUGAGCUCUGUGUGAGAUAAAUUCACAAUCAUUGAUGUUUAGAGCAGCGGUUGAGAGAUUUUCUUCUGUUCGGCUGGGAAACUUUCUGUCGGCUCGGCUCGGCUCGAGCGUCUCUAAAAGCACUUUAUAGACAUGUGGGAGAAAAAUGAUCUGUAAGCCAUGAUUUCAUUGAGAGGAAAAGAAACUAAAGCAAAUGAAUAUGCAACUGUUUCCUCGCUGGCUGGAGUCAGAUUGAUAACAUCCACCAUCUUCUGUAAGAGAGAGAUUUUGGGUGGUACACAGAUUAGUGGCACAUCGAUGAAUCAAUCCAAAUGUAACCCAAUCUCAUUCAUACACUGCCAAAUACUGACUCACGGGACAGCUGCCAGUCUCAUGAAUCAUCUCAGUCUGACCCGUGAGGGAAUAUUCCUCUGGUUUAUUUUUACUUACUGAAGGAUUGCUCUUCAUUAAACACAAUUGAACAUGAUCAGAUUCAGAGACGCUUCACUUCAACACGUAUAAAGGUGUUGUCAUGGUUCGAUUCAGAUCUUAUGAUCAAAAGAUUUGGAUGAAACCGCACCUUUAUGUCUGUUUGAAUCCCAUUCACUGUCAUUGUAUGGAUUAAAAACAGCUGAAUCUUUCCUCACAUAGGUCUUCUUGUUUCUUUUGUGUUUGAUUGAAUUGUUCAAAUGAAAGUGAUUCAGUUCAAUCGAAGCUUGAUAUUAUAAACAGAAAGUGAAUGUGUGCCGAUGGUGAUCCUCUCUACAGAUUGACACGAGGUCUUCCCUUUACAGAGACGCCCGUCUUAUACCCGCUGACACGUCAGUGUGACCUGAUCCUUAGGUCAGCCAAUCAGGUGACUGCUGACAGGAAGUGAUGUCGUAUGAUAGUUUAGUGGAGAGAGUUGCAAUAUACCGACUAUUUGCCUUUUGAUAAUGUAGUUUAUUAAGAUAAAGUUGUUCUUUUUCCUUUUUUUCUAUGAUUUUCUGUAUAUAAAUAAUGUUAACUUACUCUUUGUAUUAGUUGCCUUCAGUUUGUUAAAUGGUCAGAUAUUGUUUGAGAGACUAGUUAAAGUGUGCCUUUGAGCAGUCAGUAAAACCUCACGUGUGUGUGUUUGUUUUUAUUGUUAUUCCUCUGUUGCCUUCGAACUGUCCCAAUAUCUUAUCCAACAAAUCUGCAUCUUCACGUAGACGUCUAAAGCACAAGAUGAAGUCAAACGCUGUUGUUGUUAUUUUAUCUUCAAUCAUCUUCAUGUUGCGUUAAGCUUUUACUUCUCAGUUUAAGUGAAUCUGGAGUCACUCCGGUUUGGACCUUUAGUUUACUGACUCGUCUCAUAUUCUUCAUCAAAUAACUGAAGCGUUCCCUGUUAAGAGACAUUUCCAAAGAUGCACUUUCUCCAUUGAACCCUUUGAGGUGAUUUAAAGGGCCAGAUGGAGAUCUCAGCUCUUAAAUGAUGUUUGUGUUUCUGUCUGUGAUUAAAGGCCAUUCAACAUUUCUGUGGGUUUGCAGUAUGGACAGAUUUGUUGGACUGCAGUGAUAUUUUUGGGGUUAUUUGUUUUCAUCUCCAGCUGUAAUCAGCAAUAACCAUUGACAUUCAUGACCUUAAUGUUUUAUGUUUCAUUUUAUUUAUAUCACAUCCUGAAAAGUGUUACUACAUUUGAAUCUUUGUUGUUAUGAGAGCAGUUGAAACACAUGUUAUACAAUCUAAUACAUUUCAAUUAGCUGCCAAUCAAACAAAUAAACAUUUUAUAAAAACAUACAUUAGGUGCUGCUGUUGUUUUUCAUUCAUGAACAGUUAAUACAGUAAAACAUGGACUAUAAUACACUUCU